GCGUCCUGUCAGUGGUGGAAAAUGGCUGCUCGCUGUAGCUCCCAAAAUCACAGAGAAAACUGAAAAGUAUUUCAACACACGAACACAUCUCUGGACUCGCUUUUUGACAAGGGAAAACGAGUUUCGGGGAAUUUCCGACACCGACCAUGUCUCGCUGGGUGCCCACCAAGAAGGAAAAGUAUGGUGUUGCGAUCUAUAACUACGAUCCCCGAGGAGACGAGGAGCUGCCACUGCAGAUCGGGGACACAGUGCACAUACUGGAGACACAUGAAGGCUGGUACAGAGGUCACAGACUCCGAAGGAAAUCUAAAAAGGGUAUAUUCCCUACGUGUUACAUCCACCUGAAGGAGGCCACGGUGGAGGGCAAUGGCCAAAAGGAAACCAUCAUCCCCACUGAGCUCCCACUGGUCCAGGAAGUCACCACCACGCUGAGGGAGUGGGCUUCUAUAUGGAGGGACCUCUAUGUGGGGGACAAGCGGGAGAUGUUCAACACGGUGCGGGACAUGAUCUACAACCUCAUCGAGUGGCGCUCCCAGAUCCUGUCGGGAACGCUGCCUCAGGACGAACUGACCGAGCUGAAACAGAGGGUCACCUCCAAGAUCGACUACGGCAACAAGUACCUGGAUCUGGACCUGGUGGUCCGAGACAAGGACGGGAACAUCCUGGACCCUGAGACCACCAGCACCGUCAGCCUCUUCAGGGCCCACGAGGCCGCCUCCAAACAGAUAGAGGACCGCAUCCAGGAGGAGAGGUCCCAGAAGCAGAACAUCGAUCUGAGCCGGCAGGCCAAGUUCGCGUCCACGCCGUCGUUCGCGCUCUUCGUCACGCUGAAGAACGUGGUGUGUAAGAUCGGCGAGGACGCCGAGGUGCUGAUGUCCCUCUACGACCCCGUGGACUCCAAGUUCGUCAGUGAGAACUACCUGGUGAAGUGGUCCAGCUCUGGUCUGGUCAAAGACAUAGACCAGCUUCAUAACCUGCGGGCAGUAUUCACGGACCUGGGCAGUGAGGACCUGAAGAGGGACAGGAUCAGCUUUGUGUGUCAGAUCGUCCGCGUCGGACGCAUGGAGCUCAGGGACAACAACACCAAGAAGCUGACCUCGGGGCUGCGGAGGCCCUUCGGCGUGGCAGUAAUGGAUGUCACAGACAUCAUAACAGGCAAGAUGGACGAUGAGGACAAGCAGCACUUCAUACCCUUCCAGCCGGUGGCGGGGGAGAACGACUUCCUCCAGACCGUCAUCAACAAGGUCAUCGCUGCCAAGGAGGUCAACCACAAGGGCCAAGGCCUGUGGGUGACUCUGAAGCGGCUGCCCGGGGACAUCCACCAGAUCAGGAAGGACUUCCCCCACCUGGUGGACCGCACCACCGCCGUGGCCCGCAAGAUGGGCUUCCCCGAGAUCAUCAUGCCAGGGGACGUGAGGAACGACAUCUACGUCACUCUGGUCCAGGGGGAGUUCGACAAGGGCAGCAAGACCACGCCCAAGAACGUGGAGGUCACCAUGUCGGUGUACGACGAGGACGGCAAGAAGCUGGAGAACGUCAUCUUCCCGGGGGCCGGAGACGAGGGGCUUCACGAGUACAAGUCGGUCAUCUACUACCAGGUCAAGCAGCCACGCUGGUUUGAAACCAUCAAGGUGGCCAUCCCCAUCGAGGACGUGAACCGCAGCCACCUGCGCUUCACCUUCCGCCACCGCUCCUCACAGGACUCCAAAGACAAAUCGGAGAAGAUCUUCGCCCUGUCCUUCGUGAAGCUAAUGCGCUACGACGGCACCACGCUCAGGGAUGGCGAGCACGACCUCAUCGUGUACAAGGCGGAGGCCAAGAAGCUGGAGGAGCUGUCCCUGUACCUGAACCUGCCCGCCACCAAGCUGGAGCUGGAGGAGAAGGGCUACCUGGCCACGGGCAAGAGCAACCACAACCUGGGCAACUGCACCAUCAGCAAGGACUCCUUCCAGAUCGCCACGCUGGUCUGCUCCACCAAGCUCACCCAGAACGUGGACCUUCUGGGGCUGCUGAAGUGGCGCUCCAACACCAGCCUCCUGCAGCAGAACCUCCGUCAGCUCAUGAAGGUGGAGGGCGGCGAGGUGGUGAAGUUCCUGCAGGACACCCUGGACGCCUUGUUCAACAUCAUGAUGGAGAACUCUGACAGCGACCGGUUCGAUACCCUGGUCUUCGACGCUCUGGUCUUCAUCAUCGGGCUGAUCGCCGACAGGAAGUUCCAGCAUUUCAACCCCGUGCUGGAGACCUACAUACGCAAGCACUUCAGCGCCACGCUCACGUACACGAAGCUGACCAAGGUUCUGAAGAACUACGUGGAGAAUGCAGAGAAGCUGACUGAGCAGCUGCUGAAGGCCAUGAAGGCUCUGGAGUACAUCUUCAAGUUCAUCGUCCGCUCCCGAGUCCUCUUCAACCAGCUGUAUGAGAACAAAGGGGAGGCUGACUUCAUGGAGUCCUUGAGAAACCUCUUCACUUCCUUCAAUGACAUGAUGAGCAGUAACUCUGAGAACACUGGCAUGGUGAAGCUGCUCCUCAAGGGCGCGGCGCUGAAGUACAUCCCCACCAUCGUCAACGACGUGAAGCUGGUCUUUGAUCCCAAGGAGCUCAGUAAGCUGUUCACGGAAUUCAUCCAGAAGGUUCCCCAGGGCCGGCUGGUGAAACAGAAGCUGGAGUGUCUGAUCGACAUCGUCCACAGCGACCUCUUCACCCAGCACGACUGCCGGGAGCUGCUCUUACCCCUGAUGACGGAGCAGCUGAAGAGCCACCUGGAGGCCCAGGAGGAGCUGCAGGCCUGCUGCCAGCUGCUCAGCGACAUCCUGGAGGUUCUGUACCGCACCGACGUGGGCCCCACCCAGUGGCACGUCCAGAUCAUCAUGGAGAAGCUGCUGAGGACGGUGAACAGGACGGUGAUCUCCAUGGGUCGCGACUCUCCCCACAUUGGCGGCUUCGUGGCCAGCAUGACGGCCACGCUGAGGCAGAUGGAAGACUACCACUACGCCCACCUGAUCAACACCUUCGGCAAGAUGAGGAGCGACGUGGUGGAUUUCCUCAUGGAAACAUUCAUCAUGUUCAAAGAUCUCAUCGGGAAGAACGUCUACCCUACGGACUGGGUCAUCAUGAACAUGAUGCAGAACAAAGUGUUCCUGCGGGCCAUCAACCAGUACGCGGCCGUGCUGAACAAGAAGUUCCUGGACCAGACCAACUUUGAGCUGCAGCUGUGGAACAACUACUUCCAUCUGGCCGUGGCAUACCUCACCCAGGAGUCCCUGCAGCUGGAGAACUUCUCCAGCGACAAGAGAGCCAAGAUCUUCCACAAGUACCAGGACAUGAGGCGACAGAUCGGCUUUGAAAUCCGGGAUAUGUGGUAUAAUCUGGGUCCCCACAAGAUCAAGUUCAUCCCUGAGAUGGUGGGGCCCAUCCUGGAGAUGACGCUGAUCCCGGAGGUGGAGCUCCGCAAGGCGACCGUCCCCAUCUUCUUCGACAUGAUGCAGUGCGAGUUCCACUUCACCUGCAGCUUCCAGAGGUUUGAGAGUGAGAUCAUCACCAAGCUGGACCACGAGGUUGAGGGUGGCCGUGGCGACGAGCAGUACAAGCUGCUCUUCCAGAAGAUCCUGCUGGAGCACUGCAGGAAGCACAAGUACCUGGCCAAGUCGGGGGCAGACUUCGUGGGCCUGGUGGUCCGGCUCCUGGAGCGGCUGCUGGACUACAGGACCAUCAUGCACGACGAGAACAAGGAGAACCGCAUGAGCUGCACCGUCAACGUGCUGAACUUCUACAAGGAGAUCGAGAGAGAGGAGAUGUACAUCAGGUACCUGUACAAGCUGUGCGACCUCCACAAAGAGUGUGACAACUACACCGAGGCGGCCUUCACCCUGCUGCUGCACGCCAAGCUGCUCAAGUGGUCGGAGGAGGCGUGUGCGGCCCACCUGACCCAGAGAGACGGCUACCACGCGUCCACUCAGGGCCAGCUGAAGGACCAGCUGUACCAGCAGAUCAUCAAUUACUUCGACAAGGGCAAGAUGUGGGAGGAAGCCAUCAUCCUGGGCAAGGAGUUGGCGGAGCAGUAUGAGAACGAGAUGUUUGACUUCGAGCAGCUCAGCGCGUCCCUGAGGAAGCAGGCCCAGUUCUAUGAGAACAUCGUGAAGGUGAUUCGGCCCAAGCUGGACUACUUCGCCAUGGGCUACUACGGGAUGGGGUUCCCCUCCUUCCUACGGAACAAGAUGUUCAUCUACCGGGGGAAGGAGUACGAGCGGCGUGAGGACUUUGAGGCCCGUGUGCUGACCCAGUUUCCCAACGCCGAGAAGAUGAAGACCACCACGCCGCCUAGCGAGGACAUCAAGGCGUCCUCCGGCCAGUACAUCCAGUGUUUCACCGUGAAGCCCAUUCUGGACCUUCCUGCCAAGUUCCAGAACAAGGCCGUCUCUGAGCAGAUCGUGAGCUUCUACACGGUGAAUGAGGUCCAUAAGUUCCAGUACUCCCGACCCGUGAGGAAGGGCGAGAAGGACCCCGACAACGAGUUUGCGAACAUGUGGAUCGAGAGGACCACCUACGCCACGGCCUACAAGCUGCCCGGCAUCCUGCGCUGGUUCGAGGUCCAGUGGGGCUCCACCGAGGAGAUCAGCCCGUUGGAGAACGCCAUGGAGACCAUGCAGCUGACCAAUGAGAAGAUCAGCAGCAUCGUGCAGAGACACCACAACGACCCCAACCUGCCCAUCAACCCCCUGUCCAUGCUGCUCAACGGCAUCGUGGACCCCGCCGUCAUGGGGGGCUUCGCCAACUACGAGAAGGCCUUCUUCAACGAUAAGUACAUCCAGGAGCAUCCCGAGGACCUGGACAAGAUCGACAAGCUCAAGGACUUCAUCGCCUGGCAGAUCCCCUACCUGGCUGAGGGGGUCCGUAUCCACGGGGAGAAGGUGUCCGAGGCGCUGCGGCCCUUCCACGACCGCCUGGAGGGCUGCUUCAGGCUGCUGCGGGAGAAGGUGGAGAAGCAGUACGGGGCCAAGACGCUGCCUACGAUGGACGACCGCCGUGGCACCCGGCCUCGCUCCAUGGUGCGCUCCUUCACUAUGCCCUCCUCGCAGAGGCCGCUGUCGUCCGCCUCCCUGACCUCCCUCUCCUCGGACAACUCCCCCUCCAGACCGGGCUCCGACGGCUUUGCUCUGGAGCCGCUGCUGCCCAAGAAGCUCCACACCAAGUCCCAGGACAAGCUGGACCGGGACGAGACGGACCGUGAGCGCAAGGAGCGCAAGAAGGAGAAACGCAACAGCCGGCACCAGGAGGCCUUCGACAAGGACCUGAAGACCGCCGACGCCGGCAUGCAGCCUCCCGAGGCCGUCAUCCUGUCAGAGACGAUCAGUCCGCUGAGGCCCCAGCGACCAAAGAGUCAGGUCCUCAACCUGAUAGGAGGAGACCGCCGCCUCUCCGUGUCCCCGGGGCCCUCGUCCUCCACCGGCCCCCCGCCCAUCACCCCCAGGACCAAGCUCUCCUUCAGCCUGCUCACCGGCUCCAACCUGGACCUGAACGGCACCGGGGAGACGCCCCCCCCGCUGCCACUGAAGGUCUGCACCGGGGACUACGGCAACGUGAUGGAGAGCCACGACGGGCUCCACCCCUCCACCCCCCAGACGCCCCCACCCCCCCCGCCGCACCACAGGGACACGCCCCCUCCGCUGCCGAGCAAGACCCCGCCCCCCCCGCCCCCGAAGACCACCAGGAAGCAAGCGUCCAUCGACUCUGGAAUAGUGCAAUAAAACGAGCGCUCCCCAAAACACCACAUCGGACACACUACCCUAACCUACCCAUAAAACCCCUCACACACCCAUAGGACCCACUACCCUAUAUUACUCAUAAUACUGCUCACACACAAAAAAAAGCUAAACUCCCAUAAUACACCACACGCACACACACACACUAUCUAAAACAGUACCCAUGUAGCCGCUCAGACAUUACCCUAAAUAUCACGCACACACACACACACACAUACACACACACGCACACACACACACACUGCGUAAAACAACUACACUAAGCGCUCGGGCUGUUUCUCGUGUAGAUUGUGUUCCUCUCUCUUUUUGAACCCAUGCAUUCCUGUGUCCCUCUCCCGAUUGGACAAGUUGAAUACCUCGUGCGGGCCCGCUAUUAUCAUCACGCGUAUUAACAAUAAGGUUACUUUUGCUCUUAAGUGUGGCGUGAUGCAGUCUACUAACGGAAACAUACAGGCAAAGAGUGUUGAUGUCCCACAAUGCAACACUUUGGCGUCAUUGUGUUUAGACUUGCACUGUUGGAAUAGCUUUCCCCACAACAGACCAUUACUCUUUUAAACCCAAGUGCCGACAGCGCAGUCAAACCCAUAUUCCUAAAUUGUACAGGUGUGUAUAUAUGAUUUUAUUUUAUUUCCGUUUUGUUUUGUAUCUGGAUUUUAUCCUGUAUUUUUGCAUUUUCUUGAUAUACGAACUGGCAUUGAUUUUUAACAACAUAAGAAGGGCCUGUAGGUUUUGACACGGACAGUAAAGAGUGAUUUCACACACACACACACACUCCUUUCAUAGACGUUACUGGUGAUGAGUUUUGGAGUCCACAUACCUUAGCAUCUCCCAUCGCUGUUCUUUGCGUAAGAUUUUCAGAACAUUGGAUUUUCAUAGAGGCCAAACUGUUCCCAAUUCACUACUGACAUGACUUCGGAAUAAACACUCAAAUGUAUGUCUUUUUAAAA